GGAUAUACAUUAGAAAGAAACUCAGUCAUUUUAUUAAGAGGAAGGUCCGAGUACUGAAGAAUUUAACUAUAAAAGAACCAGGCGCAGACGUUCUAAACGUACAAAAGUCAAGAAGACCAAGAGCCGCCUUCGUAACAGCCACGUUGACAUGCUGGGAAGGGGAAGCAACCCGAACAAAAUGGGAACUCUUCAGGCAGAGGUGGCAAACAAGGAAAACAGCAACCUUCAAAACACGGUAAAAGAGAGCACGGUCUGUAAGAAUCCAAAGUCGAGUUGUAAUGAUGGUGAUGGUGGCCAUGGGGAUAACGCGAGGAGGGAGGUCCAACCUCCCAACCAGUUCCUGCAUCCUCCAAGAGAAGAAGAUGAUGAUGAUGAUGAUGAAGAAGAUUGGGAAGAAAAAGCAAACCUUAAAGAUGAAGAUGAAGAAGAUGACGAUGACGCCAACAGAGAUGCUGAUGCUGAUGAUGAAGCUGAGCCUCAAGAAGAUCUAGAAGAGGAUACCGUAGCAACAUCAUCUAAUACAAGCACCGCAGAGACAAACACGUCACCACUGGAGCCACCAAUCAGCAGCGCAAGUCUGGUGCCAGAUACAGAAGCCACAGACAUCCCAGCAGAAGGAAUGUCUGAAGAAGCUCCUGGUGUUGCUAGUACGCCAUUGCCGUCAGAAUCUUGCCCAAGAACUGGUCCAGCCCCUUCUACAGUUCAUGUGGAGAACGCCGUUGCCGUACAGGUGGGAAUCGGCAACGUUCUGAGCCUUGCCCAAACAGACGAGAGUGAAACGCCGCGUCUGCAUCUUGCGGUGAAGCAUGCCGGCCACAUCGGGGCUGCGACAGUCGCCGUGUACAUCAACAACUGUGGCACCGUGCAGGUCGGGAACCACAACCGGAUGGUGGUGGAGAAAGUGGCACCGAAAGUGACUCCACAAGAAAACGAAUUUGUGAAAACCUGCAUCAAACUCGGAAUCAAUCCGAAACAAAAAGAGGAUAUUUUUGAGAGACUUGGUCACGAAGAAACUCGCCAACGGUUCGCGGCAAUGAUGGCAGAGAAAUGUAACGUGCGGUGCAAGUUGAAAAAUGCGGGAGAGGGGUGCAUCUUGCUGGAGCUGGAGGUUCCCACAGAAGCAGACCGGCUUCAGCUCCUACGCAUGGCCAGAGACGGGACCUUCCAACAGGUUCUCCUGGAGACUUUCCUGCCGGAGUUUGCGGCCGAGGGGAGGGCGGUGAACAUGAACCUGGCCAUCGGCAUCAGGAACCCUUCACAGGAUAUGCUGGACGAACUGCAAGGGGCUGUGGCUUCAAACAGUCACGAUAAUGUCAAGGUGAUAGAGAUCCCAAACGGUGCAGGUCCCGACACUGCCGCUGCAGCUGUGUCAGAACAACCAAGAAGGGACAGUCCAGGAAGUGACAGCCCAGGGACGAACUACUAUCCCUCGCCGCCGGACUGUCCCAUGCCGGUCUGUCUCCCACAGAGGAACAGCCCAGGGAGCGACAGCCCAGGGAGGAACAGCCCAGGGAGCGACAGCCCAGGGAGGAACAGCCCAGGGAGGAACAGCCCAGGGAGGAACAGUCCAGGGAGGAACAGCCCAGGGAGGGACAGCCCAGGGAGGAACAGCCCAGGGAGGAACAGCCCAGGGAGGAACAGCCCAGGGAGGAACAGCCCAGGGAGGGACAGUCCAGGGAGGAACAGCCCACGUUUUAGUACGAACACACAUUCCUCCAACACAGACGACAUUUACAAGCUGACGUCACUCCUGAGACUCCUGUCAGAGCCUGGAGACGCCGAGGAUGAAACAAGGCAAGAAGAGACAACCGUCUCGGCUGAAGGUCUUGUUGGAGACAUGCCAAUAGAGGAGAGCAACGCCAACAUCCAAGCCAGCGAGGACAACAAUGACCAACGCCUUGAGACUGAUAGCCAACCUCUUGAGACUGAUGACCAAUCACUUGAGACUGAUGUCCAACCUCUUGAGACCAAUGACCAACGGCUUGACACCGACCUCCAGCGCCCUGAGCCAAUUGAGGAACAGUCCUACGACCUUUCAUCUGGAUUCGUAUCUUUGAAAUUAGAUGAAGCGGCACGUCCAGGUCUAUCUGCUCAUCCAGAAGUGCCUUCUGACGUCACAAGUUCUAAAGUGUUUGAGAGGAGCAGAAGUCAGGAGACAGACGACGAAGAGACGACGAAACUGCUCCGCCGCCUGGCCGUCACCCUGGACAGACGGGAGUGGAAGCAGGUGGCCCAGGCUCUGCGCGUUCCGCAGCCCGAGAAAGAUCUGUCUGCUGCAGACACGGGCCUGCGGAUGCGGAUCCUCCGGGACUGGCAGACAGGACCGGCCUACGGGCAGCAGUUCGACAGGCUCCUGCUGGCUCUGCAGGAGUGCGGGCGGGAUGACUUCGCCGUGGAGCUCCUACAAUCAGCUCCUCAGACCAUCUACACGACUUCAAGCGGCCCUCCGACCCGUGGUGUUGCAGAAACUCCUUCGGUGGUGCCCACGCAGGUAAAGGAGACGGCUAGACAGCCCAAGAAGUCGCGGAAGCCUCCUGUAGACCCCAGGACACCCCUCCGCAGGAUGCCGUAUCAACUGAUGAAAAAGAUCGCCAUGGAACUGGACCCGCUGGGACCGCUGGCGAACUGGAAGGACCUGGCCGACUGUGCUGGCUAUAGUAUGCAGGAGAUAGGCCCGACCCGCGCGCUGCUACAGGCCUGGGGAACGCGGAACGCGACUGUUCAGGACCUGCUGAACGCGCUGAGGCAAACCGAACUCCUCAACGUCGCCGAGAUGCUCGCUCCAGACGAUUCUGAUGACGAGGACGUGUGAAUGGGGAAUCUCUCCUUUCAAAUGACUGUCCAAACCGGCGUCGCGAAGUGCCUUACGUUUAACAAGACAGCUGCACAGUUAUAUAUACAUAGGCAUUCUGUGUAUCAGCUUUUAACUGACCGAAAUGUUAUGAUAGUAAUACGCCGAAUGGUGGUUAUACCGGCUAUAUUGAUACAGAUACAGGAAACAAUAUGUGAAAUAUUUUUUACAGUUGUAUCAUUCAUACUUAUCAAGUUUAACUCUUUUUUUAUAUAAAGUAAUGAGUGUAUGUUUGCAAAGCAACAAAAUAGUAUGUGUAUCUAGAAUACACGUGUGACGGUGUGUAGUGCGAAAUGCUUUCGUUAGGAUAAAGCAGUUUGGAUGGCAUUUCUAAAAACAUGGACUUCUGGUCAACGUUUAUAGGAUAUGAAUUUUUCUGUAUUACAUUAACACAUAUAAAUCAUGCGGGAAAAUGAAGUUUGUAUCUCUCUUUGUUGUACUGCAUCUACAUUCUGCUACAAAAAACUUCCCUAGUCUUCUUCUAGAAACCUAACUUUAUCUGCAAUGAAUGAUCUAGAAGUCAUCGUAGGGCGUUUACGAUUUUAAUGCUUAAAUUUACGAGCAGGUUGUGACCAACUAGCAACAAAGAUCUUUGAGAGCAUUUUUAAUAUACGCAACAACUUUACGACAAAUUUACGACAUACGCACCACCACAAAACGGACGCGAGAGGGUUCGGAAGCAGCAGUUUGUGUACACGUCUCGAUGACCAUUAUAUGUAGCAAAGUCUUCCUAGUAAAAUCGCAA